UCACUUCAACUCGAGCGGCAAAGAACCCAAAAGUGUCGAUGAUGUCCCAAAUGUUUCACGUCGUCAAAUGUUUCCGCUGCGACUGCUUCCAAGUGCAACAGGUGAAGAAGGUGAAAAGGUGGACUUGCAAAGUGUGCGGGGAGAAACAAUCUCUGCUCAAGGAGUUCGCCGGCGGCAGCGGAGCGGACUGCGGGCGACACGUUCGGAGACUGAACGCCGGGAGGGGGGCCGCGUCGGAGGAAGCGGCCGCGCGCUCGCUACGGAAGCGGCAGGAAGAGCAGACAGGAAGUGGACACCGUCGCCAUCAACAGCAAGUGUGUUGGCGGCGCGCGUGUCUGUGGGUGUGUAUUUUUGUGCAAGCAGGUGUGUGUGCGCGCGUGCAGGUGUUCCCCACCCAGGUGAGCCGCUGGAGCAAAUAUGUGGACCCGCCCGAGGAUGAAGACAACCAAGACAUUUUAAAGGACGUGUGGUGUUUCCAAAGCAACAGCAUGACUGACAGGAAGAGGAAGCGCGACGCCGACGGCCGCCAUCGGUCGAACGUCGACACUCCCGACGUGAGGCGCAGACCGCCGCCGUCUUCGGGACCCGACGUCGCCGACACCCCCGGGCCCGAGAUCGCCGUCACGUGGCCCCGCCCCCUGCUUCCCGCUUCCUCCUCCGCGUCUGACCGCGGACCCGCGGCGGCGUUCGUCACGGCCGACGGCGGCCCGCGUCGGACCGCCGCCGCUCAUCCGCCCGUCACGUGGCCCCGCCCCCUCCUUCCCGCUUCCUCCAUGUUUGACAGUGGAGAAGACUUUGAUGUCGCCUUCUGAUGGAGGCCUUCCAAACUUCCGGGAGAAGUUCAGCUGUUGGAGUACAGCGAGGCCCCGCAAAUUCAGUUUUCUUUUUUUUUUUUUAAAUCAAAAUGUUGCUUUUUUGGGGGGGGGGGGACGACUCCUGUUUUUUGUGGAAAACGCAUAUUGGCAAGACUUCCACACUCAUUCAAGAAGAUUUUUUUCAUUGCAAUUCUAAUGGGUGUUAAUUAUCUGCGGAUUUCCGUUAUUCUCCCUCCGGAUAGAAUGUAUCUAUCUAUAAUCUAAUCGAUAGAAUUCAUGUGUUUAUGUCUAUAACUAUUUGUCAAAAUGUAUCUAACUUAAAAUAAAUCUCCCAAGAUGAUUUGUUUCCCCCCCCACAAGUAUGGGUGCAUUUGAGAUGGAAAUGUGAAAGGAUUUGAGGAUAUUUGAUGAAUGGAUUUGACAUGUUCAUGCGAGUGUGUUUGACGUGUAUUUAUGAGUUGAAAAGGAA